AUGCAGAGUGAUGCCAAUCUCAACUCCGGUCUAUAUCCGAUGCACUUCCGAUCAACCAACCGCUUUCGAGUGGUGGUAGAGCGGGGGUGUCAACAAAAACCCAUCGACCUACACGGUAGAUCAACCAACUACUGCUCACAAGACCGACAGUCCACAAGACCGACCGCCCACAAGACCGACCGCCCACAAGACCUACCACCCAACAAGAACGACCACCCACAAGACCGACCACCCACAAGACCGACCGCCCACAAGACCGACCGACCGCCCACAAGUCCGACCUUCCACAACACCGACAGCCCACAAGUCCGACCUUCCACAACCUCGACACCCCCAACACCGACAGCCCACAACACUGACAGCCCACAAGACCGACCGCCCACAACACCGACAGCCCAUAAGACCGACCGCCCACAAGACCGACCGCCCACAACACUGACAGCCCACAACACAGACAGCCCAUAA